AUGGCUCUCCGUCUGGUCUCCGACUUCGACCUCCGGAAGGACGUGCUCCCGUGGCUGCGGUCGCAGCGGGCGGCGUCAGCGGCCGUCGGGGCGCGAGGCGGCGGCCCAGGUGUUUUGGAAAAUAAUUAUGAGAGCUUACGUAUACUAAAUGUUGAAAGAAAUGGAAAUAUUAUUUAUACCUAUAAGGAUGAUAAGGGAAAUGUCUUCUUUGGAUUAUAUGACUGCCGAACCAGACAAAAUGAGCAUCUCUAUACAUUUGAGAAAGACUUGCACGUUGUCAGUUGCUCUGUCAACAGUGAGAGAACUUUGCUUGCUGCAAGUUUAGUUCAUUUUACUAAGGAAGGAAGAAAGAAUGAGCUUCAACCAGGAUCAAAGUGUUUAACUUUGUUGGUUGAAAUCCACCCUGUUAACAAUGUGAAGGUUCUAAAAGCCGUGGAUAGCUAUAUUUGGGUGCAGUUUCUCUACCCCCAUGUGGAAAGUCACCCUCUUGCAGAGAACCAUCUGUUACUGAUUUCAGAAGAGAAAUAUAUUGAGAAAAUUCAUAUCCAGGUCAUCCAAGAAGAUGGAAAUAGAGUGGUACUUAAAGACUCUGGCCAUCUCCCAAGAGAGAGAGUAGCUGAGGAUUUUGUUUGGGCUCAAUGGGAUAUGUCAGAGCAGAGAUUAUACUACAUUGACCUAAAGAAAUCAAGCAGUGUCUUAAAAUGCAUCCAGUUUUCUGCUGAUGAGAAGUUUAACUUAAUGUUUGAAGCACCCUUGGAUAUAACAUUAAGUGACUCAGGAUUUAAACUUGUAAACUUUGGAUGUGAUGAUCUUCAAGACCAAGAGAACUUAUCCAAACACCUGACCCUGUGCGUUUUUACCAACCAUACAGGAACUUUGUGUGUAUGUUACAGUCCGAAGUUUGACUCUUGGGAAAAAAUCACAUAUUCAGUGUUUUACUUUCAUAAAGGGCACAGCAAGACCUUCACUGCUGCUCUUGGGCGUGUUGACUCACGUGUGACUAAGGGCCUUACUUUUCUCAACCUUGAUUAUUACGUGGCUGUUUACUUACCUGGUCAUUUCUUUCAUCUACUUAACAUCCAACAUCCGGACCUGAUCUGCCACAGUUUGUUUCUGACAGGAAACAAUGAAGUGGUUGAUAUGCUACCUCAUAGUCCUUUACAGUCACUCUCAGGGUCCCUGGUACUGGAUUGGUGUUCUGGAAAGCUCUCCAGGGCGGUCCUCAACCAGUCGUACUUACUACAGUUCCUAUGGAACACGCGGCUAGACUAUGAGAAGAUGGGCGCGUUGCACUGUGUGCUCUCCUGGGGCCGAGACCCCCCGCUCCUGGAAGCCAAGAUUAUUCAGUGGAUUUCAGAGAACAUCUCUGCCUGCCAUUCAUUUGACCUCAUUCAGGAAUUUAUAAUUGCUUCUUCGUAUUGGAGCAUAUACCCAGAGACAAGCAACAUGGAUAAACUUUUGCCAUAUUCCUCAGUGCUCGCUUGGAACACAGAAAUUCCUGGAAUAACCCUUGUGACGGAAGAGAUCCCAUUGCCUUUCAUGAAGGUGCACAGCUUUAAGGGCUACUGGGAAAAACUGAACUCCAACCUGGAAUACAUUAAGUACUCCAAGCCACACUUGCUCUAUAACAACAGCAUGGUCCAGAGAGAAUGGCACAGCCUGAUCUCAGAAGAGAAAACAGGAAGAAGAAGGUCCAUGGUGUAUGUGAGGAAUAUUCUUGAUAAUGCAAUGAAGGUGAUUUCUAACCUAGAAGCAAGGAAUUUGGAGCCAAGAUUAACACCCCUCUUCCAGGAGGAAGACAACCCCCAGAGGCUGCUGAUGGGACUGAUGGUGUCUGAGCUAAAAGACCAUCUUUUGAGACACCUACAGGGUGUAGAAAAGAAGAAAAUUGAACAGAUGGUUCUGGACUACAUUUCGAAACUGCUGGAUCUCAUUUGCCAAAUCCUGGAAACCAGCUGGAGGAAACAUCAUCUUCACCCCUCGGUUCUCCACUUCAGCAGGCGGGCCAGUGCUGCUGAAUUUACAGUCUUCCACAUCAUGACCAGGAUUCUGAAAGCGACUACGAGUUUGUUUUUACCUCUGCCUCCUGGUUUUCACACUCUGCACACGCUCCUCGGCGUGCACUGUCUCCCUUUGCAUAACCUGCUGCAUUACAUUGAUGAUGGGGUGUUGCUUCUCACCGAAACGGCUGUCACAAGGCUCAUGAAAGAUCUGGACAAUUCAGAGAAAAAUGAAAAACUAAAAUUCAGCAUCAUUGUGCGGCUUCCCCCGCUUAUUGGUCAGAAGAUCUGCCGACUUUGGGAUCAUCCUAUGAGUUCUAACAUCAUUUCCCGGAACCAUGUGAAGCGACUGCUGCUAAACUAUAAGAAACAGCCCCGGAGUUCUAUGAUUGACAAGUCGCCAGGCAGUGUGGAGUUCCUGCCCCUGAACUACUUCAUUGAAAUACUGACCGAUAGAGAAUCUUCCAGUCAAGCUCUGUAUGCUCUUGAAGGACAUGACAAUGUGGAUGCAAAAUUUGUAGAGGAAGCAGCUCUGAAACACACCACAAUGCUUUUAGGCUUAUGAAAGAGAAAAUGCAGUUGUAUCCGCUCCCAGUAUUUUAAUCUUGUGCAUUAGCUUGACUUCCGUCAAGAGUCCUUUACAAUUCUUUAAAAUUGGUAACCAAAAUCAGAAUAUAUUGUUAAGCCAUCUGAAUUCCAGUUUGGUACUUGUUCAGACAGAACUGAAUUGCUCUACCUCACCCCAGCUUUGAAAAGCAGACAAGCAGUCAAGUCGGGAGGAGUGACAGAACAGUCUGAGAGGGAUGCUGUGUCCUCAGUGACGACUUAGUGGCUUACCUUCCUAAUGACUUCACAGGCCAAAAGCGAGUUUGUAUUGCACUCUGAAAUAAAAUUAUGCUUUAAAAAAUGUAGGGGACGGUGCUAAGAAAAAAACUAGAUGUGUUGUUGAAGAUAACAUAUGACAAGCAGAAAAAUUAGUUACAGAAGAACUCUAUCUGGAAAGAGGAUACUUUUCAAAGAACUGAAUUUGGACCAGGUCAAAUCUGCUAUUUCCAGUAGAGAAUAAUUUGUCAUAUGCAGCAGUGUGUACAUAGCGGUAUUGAGAGUAGGAUUUGUCUUUGUGAUUGUUCAGAUGGAACUGUACUUUAAUAUGUUCAAGUUUUUUGUAUUUAUAAAAGUUUGACUUAGUAA